GCACUAAACAGUCACCUUCCGCACCAUCCACAGCCAUGGAGAACAGCGACGCUCUUCACGUCGUCGUGCUCCCGUACAUAGGAUUCAGCCACCUCAACCCCUUCCUCCACCUCUCCAAGCGCCUCGCCGCACUCGGCCACCGCGUCUCCUUCCUUUCCAACCCCGCCAACAUACAGACCAUCGCCGACGCCCCUUGCUCCACCUUGUCCCCACUCAUCCACCUCGUCCCCCUCCACAACCCCGCCACCGCCCCCGCCGACGGCGACAACUUGGAUACCCUCCGAGACCCCUUCGCCAACUUCCUUCAAGGGCUGUCUCCUCCUCCGGACUGGAUCCUCUUCGACUCCGGCUACUACUGGAUCCCCCGCAUCGCUGCAGGCCUCGGCGUGCCGUGCUGCUACGUCAACCUCGUCGGCGCGGCCGCCAACGUCUUCAUGUGGCCCUUCUUCGCUCUCGCGGCCGACGGCGAGGCAGCCCGUGUCACGGUCGAGCGGCUCACCGCGCCGCCCGACUGGAUCCCGUUACCGACGUCGAUGAAGCUCCACCGCCACGAGGCCCGCCAACUCCAGAGCGUCUUCUUCCAGCCGAGCAUGUCCGGCUUGACCAACGGCUUCCGCGUCGGGUCGUCGGUCCGGGGGUCCGACCUGGUCGCGGUGGGGAGCUGCACCGAGUUCGAGCCCGAAUGGCUCGCUGCCCUCCCACAUCUCUUCGCGAAGCCGGUGCUUCCCCUCGGCCAUGUUGCCGCCAACGCUGCCGAUAAUAACACCAUUACUCGUGGCAGCAACUGCGACCAUGUCUUUGAGUGGCUCGCCAGGAGGGAAGCGGGUUCGGUGGUGUACGUUGCCUUCGGAAGCGCGGUAGCGUUGAGCAAAGAGCAGGCGCACGAGAUAGCCCGUGGGCUGGAUCUCUCGGGGUUGCCAUUUCUGUGGGCUCUCAGGAGCCCGCAAGGCGAGCCUGAUGGGCUCCUGCCAGAGGGGUUUGAGGAAGGAACCGCGGGCCGCGGGCUCGUGUUCAAGGGAUGGGUACCCCAGAUCAAGAUACUGGGGCACCCAUCCAUCGGGGGGUUCCUGACCCAUUGUGGCUGGAAUUCGCUGGUCGAGGCUAUCCAAUUUGGGAUCGUCUUCGUGCUCCUUCCCUGGUUAAAUGAUCAAUGGUUUAAUUCCAGACUUUUGGCGGAGAAGAAGGUCGGGAUGGAGGUUCCGAGGGACGAGGAGGAUGGCUCCUUAAACGGGGCGGACAUUGCAAAGGUCUUGAGGUUGGUCAUGGUGGACGAAGAAGGGGAGGAGUACAGGGCUUCAGCUAGGGGGCUUGGGGCUGUGCUGGGGAACAAAGAGGUGCAUGAUCGGUAUGUGAGGAAUUUUGUCGAGUACCUCAAAGACAAUGGACGCAGAGCAAAACCGCCUACACAAGCUUGAUGAACAAUGUGGACGAAUGGGUGGUGGUCAUGAAGUUCUUAUGAUUCGGAAUGAAGUAUUGUCUUUCUUUCGUGUUAAACUGGUGAUUAUGAGGUCCGAGACGUGGGAAUAUGGAUGGUGGUACUCUGUUUUUAAAAAAAUUACCAUGUUAUAGGAAAUAAUUUGAAUUAUUUAUC